CAUGCCCGGUGCCCGCGUCGCAGCCCACCUGGACGCUCUGGGCCCCCUGGUCUCAUACGUGCAGCCACCGCUGCUGCCCUCUAUGUUCUACGUGGGCCUGUUUUUCGUCAAUGUGCUGAUCCUCUACUACGCCUUCCUCAUGGAAUACAUCGUCCUCAACGUGGGCCUCGUCUUCCUGCCCGAGGACUUGGACCAGGCGCUGGUGGACCUCGGCGUACUCUCCGACCCUGGCUCUGGCCUCUAUGAUGCCGAUUCGGAGCUCGACGUCUUUGAUGGAUAUUUGGAGUAAGGUCCCCACACUUGCCCUCCACCAUCCGCAACUCUUGGCCUGGGCCAGCUGUCCAUAUGCCCUGCCACUAGUUGGGGGCACCAUCUGGACCGGAAUGGGACCCCAGGAAGAGGCCCAAUGAAGAGACAGUUAAGCCCCAUCUCCUCUUGGGUGCCUUCCUGUGCAGCACAGCCCUCUGUGGACCUCCAUCCAUGCCCACAGCCUUGUCCCUUCGUUGGGAGGACUACUCCAAGCUGAAGCUGCUCGCAACUCAACACAGUGCAUGGCGCCUUCUUCUAGCUUGGGGCCCAGCCUGUAACACAGUGGCCUGCUCGUGCCAACAGCCAGGGUCCUGCCCCAGCCCAGGAGUAUGCCGGGAGAGGUGGGGACCCAGUGCCAAGAUGGGAGAGUUGCCAGGCCCUACAGGAAGGAGAAGGGCUCCAAAGACCUCACCUACCACCCAGUUCUCAGACGUCCUGGAUCAGGCUUGACUCUCCAGCUUCGUGAUGGAUGUUUACAGGAACCCAGCCAGAGGUCACCUUUCUGUACUUCACCCCCUACUGCACCUGCCACCCCCACUUAAUCUCUGGAAAGGACACGAGAGCUGAGUGGGAUGCAAACAGACUCCUACUUAGGCUGCUUCCUCCAGCGUCAGACCCAAGACUGUUGAUCACAGUUUCAGGGAGUCACUCUGAAGAAGGAUGCACCAGGGUCUAGGGCGGGGCUUAACCUCUCCAGGUUGACAGAACUGAGCUGCCGCACUGGAGAAGGCUGUCUCUGGCUAGAAAUCUAUUUUUGGAAGUGUGAGUGGUGUGGAAAGUGUGAGUGGUGUAGAUACUUGAUUUCCUUAAACCUGUAAAAGCAAUACUUAGAGGCUGACUUAUUUCAUUAAAAAAAUGUAAGCAA